GCAUCAUGAGUUGCCUGGUUGUUGUGCUAUUCAUGUUGGGACUUCCCUCUGUGCACCCCUGCCCUGCUAGAUGUUCGUGCAAUGCGCUUGGAGCAGUUAGCUGCAGAGGGGAUAUGACAGAUAUACCCAGCCCUUUGUCGAUCGAUACCUAUCUGCUAAUACUGCAGGGAACAAAUAUCCAGGUCCUCAGGAAUCAAGUCCUUCAACCUCUGUUUCUUCUCCUCCGGUUGAGCCUAACUGACAGCACUCUGAACACCAUAGAGCCAGAGGCCUUUAACAUGGCUCCACAACUUCUGUCUAUCAAGCUCUCAUCGAACCGUCUCUCCGGCUUCCCAUCAGGGGUGUUCCGGAGCUUGUCUGCGCUUGAGCAACUGCACCUGGAUGGAAAUCAGAUCACGGCAGUUCCCACCGAACUUUUCGAGGGCCUUGGGAACCUCACUGAGCUGGACCUGAGCAGAAACAACAUUGCUGUGCUGGAGAGCAACGCCUUCCAGAACCUCCGCAAUCUGCGCUUCUUAAACCUGGGGAGGAACUCACUUGUGCAGUUGCCUCCCACCUUGUUCCAUUCCCUCCCAUACCUCCAGUUUCUAAUUCUCUACAGUAACCAACUGAAGUCAAUCCACCCCAAUGAGUUUGAUCACCUCAACAACCUCUUGGAGCUCAAGCUCCACAGCAAUCUGAUCAGCAGCAUCCCGCCUCAGCUCCUCUGGCACAUGCCAUACCUGCAGACGCUGACUCUGUCUGGAAAUGAGCUUCAGACCCUUCCAGAGGAGAGCCUGUAUCACCUCCAUCACCUGAUCAAGUUAACUCUGUACAGUAACCCCCUUGAUAACCUACCAGAACGACUAGUGGGCCACAUGCCAAAGCUUAAAGAACUGUAUCUGUAUGGCACCUUACUCACCACUGUCCCAUGGAACCUGUUUGCCAACAUGACAGGGCUGUUACACCUUAAUUUCCACUUGAAUGAGAAGUUGAACUCUCUUCCUGAGGACCUCUUUUGCUGCAAUCCCAAUCUGGAAAAGCUGUCUUUGAAAUUGAAUGAUCUCCAGAGCUUGCAUCCUUUACAUUUUAGUCGUCUCCCCAAACUUAAAACACUUCUCCUAAAUGGCAACAGGCUCAUGUCUCUCCCUGAAGGAAUAUUUCAUAACUUGGGAAAAAUUGAGGCGAUUGAAUUACAUGAAAACCAGCUUCAGACUCUUCCUGGUGAUGUGUUUGCCAUUUCAAAUUUUACUCACACAUCCCAAAGUGUUACACUAGCUGACAACCCUUGGAACUGUUCAUGUAGUAUCUUGGGUUUGGCGACAUGGAUUAAAAAUAACCCAGGGACAGUGAAAGACAAAGAACGGGUAGCAUGCCAGGAACCCCUCCACCUGCACAAUGUCACUCUGAGGUCUCUGAGUCAUCUUUUAUGUCAGCCAGCAACUACAGUCAUGACCACAGUGGUCCCACCAACCACAGAGCAAAUGACAGAGACCAGCACAACUUCACCAACAUCAACCAGCAUGAUUACAACACAAACUAGUGAAACCCGACCAACGAUUCUUCCCAGGUUGACUUCACGACGCCCCAGGUUGACGUCUAUGGCACCUACAACCCCCUCAACUACCCCUCUGCCUGAGACGUCGGCAACAAGCUCGCUGUAUCACAUCCGUGUCUCCACGGAGAAUGGAGCUCUCCCUACAUACAAACCAACUAAGCCAAGUGUUGUAGCCCGCCGGGUGGUCCUUGAAAAUGGGCCAGACAUUAUCCACAACAACCGGCACAGAGGAUGGGUGUACUUGUGGACAGUCCCACCCAGCGGAGCCUACAACGACUUCCUGAUGACUGUCCAUGUCAUCAUGCUGGUGGUCGGCGUGGUUCUGAUUGUAGCCAGCAUGUACACCCUCUACCGACUGUACGAGGUGAUGUGCACUCUGACUGCAAUCCGGGGAUGCAAGAUCACAGCCAUGGGGGGAAGUAAAAGGAGAGAGCACAUGCUCUAAUGCAGAUUUUUUCUGGACUUCAGACCCAUUUCUUGUGUUUGCAGAUUAUUUUGGUUUAAAUGUCUGCUGGAGUUUGGAUAGAAGGCUUCUUAACAGUUAGUGGUGGCAAUGACCAUACAACUGAAAAUGAUCUCUCACAUGGAAUCAGUAGAAUGGCCAGAGUUGCUUUAUACAUGAAUGUGUGCGUCGUCAAAAGUCUGUCAAGGUAGCAUGGCAUUAGCAAUACAAAUACUCAUUUUGUUGUUUGGUCAAAUUUAUUCUACUGUAGGUUUCUUCCACAUGUGUUAUCUGUAUGCAAUUGUUUUCUGAAGAAUACAAGAUCUAUGUAUGUAUGUAUGUAUGUAUGUACAGUAUGUAUGUAUGUACUGUAUGUAUGUAUGUAUGUAUGUAUGUAUCUAUCUAUCUAUCUAUCUAUCUAUCUCUAUAUGUGUGUGUAUGUGUUUACACUUAUAAUCCACUGAAAUGAUCAGUACCAUUAUCCAGUAUUACUGAAAAUGUACAGAACACUUUACAAACUCUCCUUCUGAUUAAAAAGGCAUGUGAUUUAAGAGAAACAACAGCACAGUCCAAAUAGUCACCUGUUGCCACCUGGUGGCAAACGUCCACACUGUCUAAUAGCAAGCACAAACACUGGCCUGUCAUCUUUCUUCUUCAGUUUCAUGAGUUAUUAUAAUAUCAUGACCUGUGGGAAAAUAAUAUGUCCUCCACUCUUUAAGUGAUCUUGUGUGUCUGGCACUUGUGUGUAUUAUCUUGAAUCUGAUAUCACAAAGGCUAACUUCAUAUGUACUGUGAAUAAAGCAAUGAAAUGUGU